AUUUUGUGCAAGAGCCUUGUGCGAUAUGGACGGAGCCAGCCCCGCGUCUAAUUCCUGGUAAAGGCACGAUGGAAAACUAGAGCUCAGCACCUCCCAGCCGAGAUCUAAUCUUACCCCUUGCCAAGCGGAGGAGAAGCUGCAGCGAGCAUUCGCGGUCCAUGAGCCAGCAGCGCGCCUGCCUCUGGCCCCGGCAGGGAGGCAUCCAGAGCCUUCCCCCUCCAGGCGAUGCGAGCCGCGGCUCGGUAGAAGCCAGCGAGCGGCCGGGCGGGCGGCCCCGCGUCCCACCCGGGGACAGACAGCCCCCGGCAGCGGGGACGGACGGCCGCGGGGUGUCCCGGGUGCGGCCAUGGAGACUCCCUGAAGGGCCAGCUGCGGAGGUGAGCUCUUGGGCCGCCGCAUGAGGACGUCCUCGGCCGGCGAUGGCCUCGCAGCCCACGCUGGCAUGGGCGCUGCUGCUGAGCCUGCUGGGCAGCUGCCUGCCAGCCGUGCAGCCAAGGGACUUCACUGUGAAGGACAUCGUCUACCUCCACCCCUCCAGUAAGCCUCCCUCACAAGGGCUGCAAAGCCACAGGCGGCCGCGGCCAGGGGCCACGCCGUAUCCUCACGGAUUCAAGUGCUUCACCUGCGAGAAGGCAGCAGAUAAUUACGAGUGCAACCGAUGGGCUCCGGAUGUCUACUGUCCAAGAGAUACCAGGUACUGCUUCAGCCAACACAUGAUGAAAGCUACUGGCGAGAGCGUGUCCGUCACCAAGCGCUGCGUGCCCCUAGAGGACUGCCUGUCCACAGGCUGCACCUAUGUAAAGCACGAGGAGUACAAGAUCUGCACCUCCUGCUGCGAAGGAAGCAUCUGCAACUUGCCGCUGCCGAGGAACACAACGGACGCCGUGUUCACAACCCUCUCCCCCCUCAACAAAACACAGAGACUCUCACAUCCCAUCCUGCUGACCACAGCGUGUCUCUGGCUGGCCUUGAUGUCACAGCACUGGCUCACAGACAGCUGAGAACAGCUGGGCCAGAACAUCUGCGUGAACCUUCAACCUCACCCCCACGGAGCUGCCUCGGGGAGAUUUGGGCUUCUCCUUCUCAGUUUGUGCUGGUGAUGAAGAAGGGAGCCUGGGUGUAGAUGUAGUUGAAGGGGGUGAAACCCUCCCAUGUGUUGUCUCCUGUUUUUUUCCUGAAGGAACUCAUGCAAAACGUCCCCACAAUCCAUGGCUGAGGGCAAUGAAUCCAUGGGUGAGGGCAGUGAAUCCAUGGCUGAGGGCAAUGAAUCCAUGGCUGGGAGCAGCUUCUAUAGUUGAAGAGAGGUGAAACCAUCACACGUUCCUCUUCUGCUCUUUGAAGGAACUCAUGCAAGGAUCCACAGGGCAGAGCAAUGAACUCCCUUUUCUUCCAUGUCUGUCUUUUGUCUGUGAAGAAAUGCUGUUUAAAAGUGCUCUGUCACUGCCAGCUGCUGGUAGCACUCAGCUGAACCUUUCUUCUUGUAGCUCGGCACAGCACUAACUGCAGAGCCUCCUUAACCUGCUUUGAGAGCAUGUGGGAAAUAAGAAGAGACUCAGGAUGUCCUUGCAGUCUCUCCACAUCUCCUGCUCUUCUUGGAGAGCACAGCAAUAGCUGGAAGGGAUGAGACCAAAGGAGCAGCAGCAGCUUGGAUCAGGCCCGAUGAGGCUGUCUGCUGGCAGCAUGAAGAGUCAAAGUGGCAUGGUGUGAACAGUGCUGUGCUGUAAACUGAACCAGAACAGCUCUGCCAGCUCUGCUCCUCGAGUGUGAGAAGAGACCUUCAGCUGGGAGGAGGAAGGGCUCUGGGGAGAGAUGGGGGGGGUGUCCAAGUUGAGGUGCUGGUGCCUACAAAGCUGUCCAUGUUGAGGUGCUGGUACCUACAAAGCUGUCCAUGUUGAGGUGCUGGUAGCUGCAAAGCUGGAGGGUGUCCAGAGAAGGGCAGCAAGGCUAGUGAGGGGCCUGGAACACAAACCCUAUGGGCUGAGAGAGCUGGGGGUGGUUUAGCCUGGAGAAGAGGAGGCUCAGGGCAGUCAUUGCUGUCUGCAGCUCCCUGAAGGGAGGCUGUAACCAGAUGGGGUUGGGCUCUUCUGCCAGGCAAGCAGCAACAGAAGAAGGGGACACAGUCUCAAGUUGUGGUGGGGGAGGUCUAGGCUGGAUGUUAGGAGGAAGUUGUUGUCAGAGAGAGUGAUUGGCAUUGGA